GCGCACUGGUGUGCACCAAGGCAACUCGCUUCCUUUCUCUUCUCGACCAAACACCAAGGCAAUUAACAAUCGUGCAAAGCAGCCAGAGAAUAUUGGUAGCUUGAUCCUACCAAGCAGCGUUUACCUUCAGGGCCAUUUUUCAUUGAUAUCGUCCCCGGGUUGUGCUGCCGAAAAUGAAAGCUAGAGAGUAUUGCUGUUGCGCAAUCCCCUUGGUCAAAGCUGGUAUAUAUACCACGCUGAUCGAACAAUUUUCUCUUGGGAUUAUCAUAGGCACCCUUUCUGUUGGAACGCCUUCCAUUGUUGGAGCAGCAACUCCUUCAUACGCGCCAGCGCUUCUUGCAGCAGUAUGCUACGUGGGCGCUGCAAUUCAAGUUCUUGGCUUCAUAGGUGUAUUCCAGGAAAAACACAUACUUUUCCGCCGUUAUGCCACUCUUCACUCUCUCAUCACCCUUGCCGCUUUCGCAAUUGCCGCGGCGUGGGUCAUACUCUCAGCCACUCGUCACUCGACUUCUCUGACCAACUGCGAGAACAAAUACUAUCCUACAGCGUCCAACGGUAGCAAUACUACCGAGGGUCAAACCGUCUGCGGCAUCAUCACCUGGGUUGACGUUGGGUUGAUGGCCGGUGCUUGGGUUUUCUUUGCCCUUGUGCAGGCAUAUCUGCUCUUUGUUGUUUCAUCUUACGGGACCGCCCAAAGACAAGAUUAUGAGAAGUACGACGCUCUCAAUGAUACCACGAAACCACUGACGGAUAAUAUUCCGAUGUCUGAUCGUGGCGAUCCUUGGGAUUACAGAGCAUCUACCGAGUACGAAGACGGCCGCGGUCAUAGGCGAAAUGCAAGUACGGCAUCAACCAUGAAUGCUCCAUUACAGAAAGAAAGAUACGCCGAUGGUCAAUCUUAUCUCACGCCGACCUAUCCCCCCGAACCGCAGCCGCAAUUUGAGCGGCAGCAGUCGACGCGAACUGCCCCUUCAGGCACACAGAGCCCUCAGCCUGCACCAUAUGCUAAUAACUACUACGGCCCUGAUAGUCCGACUGGGCAAUCUGCACCUACACAGGCUCACCCUGGUGUGUAUUGAUUCCUAGGUCGCUCAUCACAAUCGCCAUUUGUGGUCGACUUGAAUGAGCGGCUUAAGGGUUCUUCGGUCGCCCAACGCCACAGAUGGUCAAAACCACCACAUUCUUGUAGCAGAAGGAAAUUCUCUGAUUCCAUCAUUGCUUUGUGGAUUUCUUACGGAAUAUGUAGUAUUCCUCCCCCAUGAACUUUUGUGCGAAGUUUGUAAUAUACCUUUAGCGAACAUUCCUCUACAUGGACUGAUCUAUUUCUACGACUAUAUAUUAGACGUGGUAUCUCUUGCUCCACUUUCAAAAUUAUGUUUCCUCCUCGUCU